AUGGAAUUAAAAUCAUCAAUUUCAGUCUUAACCCUCUCCUUACUCUUGUUAGCACUAGCAAGUUGUUCAAAUGCUGGCAAUAUUGUUAUCUACUGGGGCCAAAAUGGUAAUGAAGGCACCUUAACCGAAACUUGUGCCACAAGCAACUAUAAAUACGUGAUCUUAGCCUUCUUACCAACCUUUGUCUUACCAACCCAAACUCCAAUGAUUAACUUAGCAGGUCAUUGUGAUCCACAAAGUACUAAUGGUUGCAUUGCCUUAUCCUCAGACAUCAAAUUCUGUCAAUCAAAAGGAAUCAAAGUAUUGUUGUCUCUAAGAGGAGACAAAGGUAGCUACCCACUUGAAUCCACACAAGAUGCAAGCCUUGUAGCAACUUACCUAUGGAACAAUUACUUAAACGGAAACUCAUCUUCUCGUCCUCUUGGUCCCGCUGUUCUUGAUGGCAUCGAUUUUGACAUCGAAGGAGGAUCGUCAAACCAACAUUGGAGUGAUCUUGCCAGGUUCCUUAAAGGGUAUAACAGGAAAAAAGUUUAUAUAACCGCAGCUCCUCAGUGUCCGUUUCCUGAUGCAUGGUUAGGAAAUGCUCUUACAUCAGGACUUUUUGAUUAUGUUUGGGUACAAUUCUAUAAUAAUCCUUCUUGUCAAUACAAUUUUGGUGAAAUUAGCAACUUCGAAGAUGCAUGGAAGAAGUGGACACUAGAUAUACCUGUUAAGAAGAUAUUUUUGGGGCUACCGGCUUCUAUAGACGCGGCAGGGAGUGGAUUUAUACCUGUUGAUAAUCUUACUUCAAUUGUGCUGCCAGCUAUUAAAGGUUCUGCUAAAUAUGGGGGUGUUAUGUUGUGGUCUAGGUACUAUGAUGUUCUUAGCGGUUAUAGUUCUUCCAUUAAAAACUAUGUUUGA